AUGAGUAUCAUCAGCUGGAACUGCCGAGGUUUGGGCGGCACCCGGACAGUUCGCGAAUUAUUGGGCAUUGUGUCCAAGCGACGGCCUUUCUUUGUCUUUUUAAUGGAGACAAAGGCAAUCAAUUCUAGAGUGGAAGAAGUGAGGGUUAAGUUGGGUUUUGAAGGGGCGUGUAGCGUGGAUCAUGUGGGGUUAGGUGGGGGACUGGCGUUGUUCUGGAGAGAUGCAGACGGGGCAUCAUUGUUGAGCUACUCCAGCAAUCACAUAGAUAUGAUGGUCACGCUACCUGGAAGGCCGGCGUGGAGACUUACUGGUUUCUAUGGUAAUCCGGAUAGAACUCAGAGGCAUGUCACCUGGAAUCUUCUCCGGCGCCUCAGAGACAGAUCAUCUCUACCGUGGAUAGUCGUGGGUGACUUCAAUGAUAUUGCUUGCCUAUCGGAGAAAAGGGGAGCUCAUUCGCAUCCAGAGCCCCUCAUUGAGGGCUUCAAUGACGCGCUGGGUGAUUGCCGGCCGAAUGAUCUGGGAAUGUUGGGGGGCAGGUUCACGUGGGAGCGGGGUCGGGGUACAGACUCAUGGGUAGAGGAAAGGCUAGACAGGGCCGUGGCUACGGUGGAGUGGGCGGAGUUGUUCGAGGAAGCGAUAGUUCGGUGCCUCUUAACUUUGUCUUCUGACCAUUGUGCUAUUUACGUGGACGUAGAGACCAUGCCGAGGCGUGCAGCUGUGCGCACUUUUAAAUUUGAGUCAGCCUGGUUACUCGAGGAAAGAUGUGCGAAGGUAGUCGACGAGGCGUGGCGCCAAUCAAUAGGGUUGCAUUUUCAAGAACGUAUACAGCUAUGUGGCCAACGCCUGUGGAGAUGGGGAGGGGAACAUCAUCGCUCCUUUGGGGGUCGGAACUAA